AUGACAAUAGUAAUGAUUUUUGGAGCGCUAAUUGGAGGAAUGACAACAGAAGGUGGUGGAGCUAUAGCAUUUCCAGUAAUGACAUUGGCUUUCAAUAUAAGUCCCAUUGUAGCUCGUGAUUUUUCAUUCAUGAUACAGUCUUGUGGCUUGACUGCUGCCUCAUUCACAAUCUUAUUCACUGGAAUACUGAUUGAAUGGCAUUCAAUAUUGUUUUCAACAAUUGGUGCCAUUUUUGGAGUUGUCUUCGGACUUGAGAUAGUUGACCCGUUAAUGACACCGGCAGAAAAGAAAAUGACAUUUGUUUCGGUGUUUUUUUCAUUUGCAAUCGCAUUAUUUAUUUUAAAUUCUGAAAGAAAACGUAAAACGUUUAACAAGAUUGAUCAAUUUACGUUAUCAAAAGCGCUUAUUUUAAUUAUCAAUGGAUUUGUUGGAGGUAUUUUCACCGGUGUUGCCGGUUCUGGUAUUGAUGUUUAUUCCUUUUCUAUACUUACUUUACUUUUUCGAGUAAGCGAAAAAAUUGCAACACCAACAUCUGUAAUACUUAUGGCAGCAAACAGUAUGGUUGGCUUUUUCUGGCGACAAUGCGUACAAAAUGAAAUUCAACAGGAAUCCUGGGAAUAUUUCUCGGUAUGUUUACCUGUAGUUGUAAUCUUUGCACCAAUUGGCAGUUUUCUUGCAUCGCAUCUUCAUCGACUUACACUUGCAUCAUUCAUUUACAUAUUGGAAACAGUCGCUUUGGUCAGUGCUUUGAUAAUAAUUAAACCUAAUUGGUCGUUACUUAUGUUUACAUUGAUCCUUAUCAGUGGUUCAUUGAUAUUUUAUAUGGUAAUAGCUCGAUAUGGGCAAAAAUUAAUGUUGCAAAAGAUAAAAGCUACCGAAGUGAAAGAGAAGACGAAUGAUGACGUUAUUGCAUCGGUCUAGAGAUACGACUAUUGCUAUUGAUAUUAGAUAACAAUUGCUAUCAUAAUUUGUCUUCAAUGAUUAAAUCUC